GCACGGAAAGAAUGAUGAGCGUGUGCUCCCUCUGGCCUGUAGAAGUGCACUCUCAAGAUUCUCAUCUCAUCGAGGCACUCAGGAUGCCGAGGGCGACUACAUAUGGUUCGAGGAUAAAAGCUGGCUAGACAGCGUGUCCAGUACCGCAUUCUUUUGCGCUGCCGCAUCACCAGUCACCAGCCAUGAAGUUCACCUCUACGGUUGUUCUUUUUGCCUGCGUCCUCCUCCAAUUCGUCACUGCCAUGCCGGCGAUUCAACAUGAGAACCGUCUUGCGGCUGCGAACAACCCUGGGAAGCGCAUCUCAGACGAAGCUUUGGGUUACGGUCUCCCAGAAGACCUCAAAAAGCGUGUCUCCGACGAGGCUGUGGGUUACGGUGUCCCUUACGAAGAAGACCUGAAGAAACGCGUAUCAGAUGAAGCUGUGGGGUACGGUAUCCCGUACGAGGAAGACAUGAAGAAACGCGUAUCUGACGAGGCUGUGGGAUACGGUGUCCCGUACGAGGAUGACCUUGACACUCGCGGUAUGUGCCCUAUUAGAUAUGCACCUGGAUAAUGCAUGUUCCUAAACCACACAGAUAUCACGAACAU